AUGGGAAAACAGAAGGCACUUAUGGACAAGCUAGUGAGGACCUUUCAGAUCRGCCACAUGUUGCUACGCCAGGCUCUUGCAGAGUGCUUGGGAACCCUGAUACUCAUGUUUGGCUGUGGUGCAGUGGCCCAGCUGGUGCUGAGUGGUGGCUCCCAUGGAAUGUUCCUCACCGUCAACUUUGCCUUUGGCUUCGCUGCCACAUUGGGCAUACUGGUCACCGGACAGGUCUCAGGAGGCCACCUGAACCCAGCUGUAACCUUCGCUCUCUGUCUAUUGGGGAGAGAACCUUGGAGGAAGUUCCCUGUGUUUUUCUUAUUCCAGACUCUGGGGGCCUUCCUGGGAUCUGGGAUCAUAUUUGGCAUGUAUUUUGAUGCAUUGUGGGACUACGGCCAAGGAACACUGAUCGUUGUGGGGGAGAAUGCCACUGCUGGGAUCUUUGCUACCUACCCCUCCAAACAUCUCACUCUGGUUAAUGGAUUCUUUGACCAGAUGAUAGGCACGGCUGCCCUGAUCAUGUGUAUCCUGGCCAUCGUGGACCCCUACAACAACCCUAUUCCCCGGGGUUUGGAGGUUUUCACGGUGGGCUUUGUGGUGCUGGUCAUCGGUCUGUCCAUGGGCUUCAACUCGGGCUAUGCUGUCAACCCUGCCAGAGACCUGGGCCCACGCAUAUUUACUGCCCUGGCUGGCUGGGGUAGCGAGGUCUUCACAGCUUAUUCCUACUGGUUCUUUGUGCCUAUCUUUACCCCCUUCAUUGGUGCGGUGGUGGGGAUGAUGGUGUACCAGCUGAUGGUGGGGUACCACGUGGAGGGAGAGGCACGGGAGAAGAGGGAAGAGGAAGAAAAGGAGGAGCAAGAGGAGAUGCUUAAACUGUCCAGCCUUACAACCAAGGAGAGCGCCUGA